UGAACCCUUUGUAUUCAAUCAGACCGUCGCCGGGCACGAUUAGACUGACAGCCAUUAGCGCAGCGCUAAACAUUUAAUUUACUGUAGUGCUAAGCCGACUUCUUCUCGUCCUGCAAUAUGCCACUCUGUUCGUCAUGCCAGCACUUUGCUAUCUACAGUUUUACCACUGAUCCAGAUGGUAUUCGCGCAUACAGACUGGAAGCAGUAGAGAACGGGGCAGGAGAAGGAUGUGAUUUCUGUGUCUUGUUGCUCACAAAUCUGAAGGAUGACAUAGCUUGUCUUCCAUGGGAACCAGCCGACUGCUGGGUACGUAUAGCGCUUAUUAGGGAUUCCGAGAAUGUGCCAAUACUUGGGAUGGGACUUCGAUAUAAUAGGCUUCUUGUUGGGCUUGUCAGACGUGCAUUGCCUAGACCGCGUGCUCUUGAUAUUGAAGACGGGGGGAAAAAGCAUGAGUUUGCCGUCGCGGCAGACCAAGGUAGUCCCGCAGCCCAGAGCCUGGACGUGAUCGGGCGGUACCUGGGUGAAGACCCGACUUCGGACUUGCACAUGUCAUCAAUUUUGGAAUGGCUCGAUGAAUGUUCCACACAUGCAGCUUGUACUCAGACUAAUUCUGGCACGGUGCGGCUUGAUGCGAGAGACGCACCGCUCCCGACUCGAUGCAUUGAUGUUCUAGCACAAAAUCCGGUUCUCCGUGAGACUGAUGGAAGUCGAGGUACCUAUAUAACACUCAGCCACCGCUGGAAUGAAGCAACAGAGAAGUGCAAAACAACGAUGAGUAAUCUUGAAGAGAGAAAUAGUACAUUGGAACUAGCUACACUUUCGAAAACUUUUCAACACGCAAUAUUAAUUACACAAAGGCUCGGAAUCCAAUUUCUGUGGAUCGACUCGAUAUGUAUCAUCCAAGAUGGCGAUAAGGGGAGGGACUGGAAAAAGGAAGCCAUGAAAAUGGGACAAUAUUAUCAGCAUUCUAUCCUAACUAUAGCAGUCACAGCUUCUUCGCCACAGUAUGGCUUCCUAUCAUCUCGGCCACAGAAAUCCUUUACAUCCUUGGCCCGAUUGCCAUAUCGAGACAUUAGCGGGCUCCAAAGAGGUCAUUUUUACAUUUACAAACGCGAAAGCCACAUCGAUGAUCAGUACGUAUCCGGAGUCUGGAAUAGCGAACUUCUUAAACGAGGCUGGGUCUUCCAGGAAUGGAUUCUAAGCCGAAGGAUUGUCUACUUUACGCCAUCACAGAUAUUUUUUGAAUGUCAGACGAGGGGACCAAGGAGUGAGUCUAAAGAGGCGAUCGGGUUUCGCCAAUUCCCUCUUAAUCUAAACAAGAGCUUCGGUACCAAGACAGCUUUUUCAUUUCCCACGUUGUCUAUAGAGCGAAUUUGGUACCAACUCAUUGAAGUCUACUCACGCCUGGAUUUCACAGUGGCUGAUAAAGACCGUAUCAUCGCUCUCUAUGGUAUUGCAGGUGACGUCCGAGAGAUGUUCAUUUCAAAUGACCGCCAGUUAAGGGAGCCAAAGCUUCUCGAGUACGUUUCAGGAUUGUGGCUUCGAGAUAUUCAUUACGGACUACUCUGGCAGCAGAAAUCCGCGUCUCGAGAGUGUGUGAGAGUACAAGGGCUACCGUCAUGGUCGUGGGCAUCUCUGCUACAUGAGGUGAAAUGGCCACAAAGAAGUCGCAAAACUCGAAAUGCAUUCACGGUUGUUAGCCUCAUCUCUGCAGAUGGUGUCGUUUACCCUCUUGAAGCUGUGGAGGAACCUUCGUCCUCAUCAGCGCAUCUACUACAACCUGAAGUGGCAGACACACCUCCAGAUGUGGACCGAUAUAAUGUGGACAAUACGUUCACUUCACUCCACAUCAGAGCAAGAUCCCAAGAAGUGCUCGUAAGGGGAACUUUUCAAACGAAGGAGGAUGUUAGAAUGGCGGCAUGGGCAACAGGAGUCAAAAUUGACAACAGCGAUGUAGUAACUUGGGCUGCAUCAUCACGAGUUGAGGACAUGGAUCCUGCUGCUCUUGAAGCAGCGAUAGGACUUAAUUUUGAAUCGAGACCAUGGAAAGCUAUAUGUUCCAUACGGUCACCAGAAAUCAUAGGUGGCUGGGGUUCGUUUGAGCAAUCUGACUUCUCGGGUGAUUUGAAUACUCCCGCUGGCACGCUGGUUCAUGCACUCCAUGUCUCUACUGAAAAAGGAGUACCAGGAGGUUUAAGUUUUGGGCGCUUGAGCCUUAGCCAUGAAGUCUACAAUGUCCUCUUUGUUGAAUCCGCGGGUGUUGACCAGUACCGGCGCGUAGGAGUGGGGAAGUUGUUUGAGGAGGAUAUUAUGAGAGCGCUUUUGGGAGCCGAACUUCAGGAUAUUAAGCUUAUUUAACUUGUUUAAUUGAUUAGCUCAGCUGGUUCGUCAACCACCUCAUGCU